GAGGUCAGCGGACGCGGCCGGGGACGCGGCGGGUGCCGGCUCGGCGUUGGGCAGGCAGAGCCGUGCGCGUGUGCCUGUCCGAGCUGGGCACGACUGCGAGCCGGUGUGAGAGUGCCGUGGGUCCGUGGGCGAACUUGGUCUCCACGGAGCGUCGAUCUCGGGGAGCGUGGACGGAUACCCCGUAGCCCGUGGCACUGCCUGCCCUGAGAGAUGCUGGAAGCUGGGCGCGGCCCCAGGCUGGGGGACCUGUUUUUCCUGUUUCCUGCAGAGUUCCCUGCAGCCCUGUCCAGGCGUGUGCAUUCAUGAGUGAGGAACUCGAGAGAGUGCUGAGCAUCCUGACAGCGAGAGCAGGGGCUGGUUAGGUACAGGGUGAUGGCCACAAGCCCGGGCCUCUGGAAUGGCACCAUCAAUGGCACCUGGGCUGGGGAUGAGCUGGGCUACAAGUGCCGCUUCAAUGAGGACUUCAAGUACGUGCUGCUACCUGUGUCCUACGGUGUGGUGUGCGUGCUUGGGCUGUGUCUGAACGCCGUGGCGCUCUACGUCUUCCUGUGCCGCCUCAAGACCUGGAACGCCUCCACCACGUACAUGUUCCACCUGGCCAUGUCUGAUACGCUGUAUGCAGCCUCCCUGCCGCUGCUGGUCUAUUACUACUCCGGUGGCGACCACUGGCCCUUCAGCACAGUGCUCUGCAAGCUGGUGCGCUUCCUCUUCUACACCAACCUGUACUGCAGCAUCCUCUUCCUCACGUGCAUCAGCGUGCACCGAUGCCUGGGCGUCUUACGCCCACUACUCUCACUGCGCUGGGGCCGGGCCCACUAUGCCCGCCGGGUGGCAGCCGCCGUGUGGGUGCUGGUGCUGGCCUGCCAGGCACCCGUGCUCUACUUUGUCACCACCAGUGCACGUGACGGCCGCAUUACCUGCCACGACACCUCGGCACCCGCGCUCUUCAGCCGCUUCGUGGCCUACAGCUCUGUCAUGCUGGGUCUGCUCUUCACGGUGCCCUUUGCCAUCAUCCUGGUCUGUUAUGUGCUCAUGGCCCAGCGGCUGCUAAAGCCAGCCUACGGGACCAGGGGAGGCCUGCCGCGGGCCAAGCGCAAAUCGGUGCGCACCAUUGCCGUGGUCCUGGCCGUCUUCACCCUCUGCUUCCUGCCUUUCCACAUCACCCGCACCCUCUACUACUCCUUCCGCUCGCUGGACCUCAGCUGCCGCACUCUCAACGCCAUCAACAUGGCUUACAAGAUCACCCGGCCGCUGGCCAGCGCCAACAGUUGCCUUGAUCCCGUGCUCUACUUCCUGGCUGGGCAGAGGCUCGUGCGCUUUGCCCGUGAUGCCAAGCCACCCACAGACCCCAUCCCUACUGCCCAGGCUCACCGCAGGCUGGGCCUGCGCAGGUCUAACAUAACUGACAUCAAGAGGAGAGAAGACAGGUCGGCCAGCAGUGAGGACUCUAGGCAGACAGAGUCCACGCCUACUGGUAGUGAGAACACUAAGGACAUCCAGCUGUAGGACCUGAACCCUUCGGGCCUGCACAGGUUUAUAUGGGGGGCCGUAGGGACUAGGACUUGUUCAAAUGGGAUGGUCUCCCCACAUAUGGACCAGCAUGACUCAUGCUGGAUGGUCAGGGGAGCUGUGACCCCAAUGCUCUGUCAUUUGCAGGGGCUGGGGACACUCUCUGUGGUCCAUAGAGCUCAACAGUUCCCACUGUAUGUGUGAGUUGAGGAAUAAGGUUUUAAGAAAGGCAAGGGUUCAGGGCCAAUGCCGCCUCUGGCCUGACUCCCACAUAUAUAGCUGGCCAUGCCUGCCAGGGUACCUAGGCUGGAGCCCAGCUUAAUCGAGUCAAAUGGAGAAACAGGCCCAGAGAGGAAAGUGACUUACCAAGGUUACACAGCCGAGUCUGGGCCUGAGCUACCUGGGAGGUAGGGGAGGGGAGAGAAGGAGGUUAGGUAAGGAAUCAGGGCUGAGCCAGAGGUCCCCACAGGUGUCUGGGGCAAGUCUGGUUGCGACAGCGGACUCGGCUCUGAAGAGUACCCCCAGUCCAAGAGAUGGACAUCUGGGAACUGAUGUCAUGUACUCAUCUGGAGGCUCCCCCGGACUGGGAGCCAGUUGGAGGCUGUAACUUAUACUAAAGGUGUUGUUGCAUGUUAACUGUGCCCUAUCGUGUGUUUGGAGAAUGUGGAUACAACUCAAGAAGCUCUCACCAUCCCCCCCAACACUAGGGUCCUUUCUCUCACGUCUUCUCUUCCACCACCUGCCUUCCCACUGGCUGCCUCGGUGGUGGUCUCACAUUGGGCAUCCCCUCUCCAGACCCCAGGUCAUCCCCCACUUUAAAGCCAACUGGCUUCGGUGCCUGGCUCUGCUAGGCACUGAGAGGAGUCAGGUGGGGUCCCAGUCUUUGGGAUCCCCCAGUUUAGGACUUAAUGGUGAUGACCAGUCAUGUGCUGGUGAAUGUUAACCCAUUUAACUGUCUCUCCAGGGAGGUGAGGGGAUCCCCUUAGUUGUAGCCUUGCUAGUUGCUGUGGUGUAAAUAUUCCUACCAUGGCCAAUUCAGACUCCCAAUGUGAUGUCAGCCUCUUUGCAGAAUUCCUGAAGAUUUAACAAUUUGCUCUUGCAAGCAGGUGCAAGUUACUCCAGCACACCCUGGGAUAAUGCUGAGCCUUAGGGCUGCAGACUAGGGGGUCAGGGAAGGGUCCUGUAGUGGGGAGACUCCUGAGCUGCAGCUUCUGAGAAAAGCAGUUCAUCAGAGAACAUCCAGGUGCAGAGUGCAUCCCGGGCAGAGAUGGGAGGGCAGGAGAGCAGGGUGCACAGGAACUGGAAGGCAACUGGGCAGCUGGUGCCCAGGCUCAAGGCAGGAAUGGGGCUGGGGCUGGGUCACAAGGAGGCCAAGUCAGGGCUCCCUCCUUGCCCUGACCAAGAGGUUUCCUUUGCACUGGGGGUAAGUGGAGAAGAGACUCCUCUUCCUCUCCAGUCCUCUGCGUCCUGGGAAAAUCCAGCUACAUGGCAUAAUGGUUGGUGCUCAGGCUAAGUGAAGGCUUAGUAAAGGGGAGAUGGGUCUCACCUGGGGCAGGUUCUGGGUCCGGCCAGGACCACUCUGGAGAUUUGUGGAGCUCAGCUGGACAGGGCCCAGCCCUAGCCUUUGGGAAGGGAUAGGGCAAAGCCGAGAGGCCUCCCUCUUAACCUCCAGGAUAAGGACUCACUCCCUUUCCCUCUGGCAGAGCCCUUGCCCUGUGGGCCUGCUUUGCCUGAGAAGGUCCUUCAUUCCCCACCCCACUUUCACGUGCCUCCUAUGACUUCUCCACUCUUCCUACUCUGCCUUAUCAAAAUGGGGCACCCCCAGGGGUUGCUCUGUUUAAAGUCUGGCUCCACAGCUUCCUCAUGUGACGGACUCAUCACAAGACCUGCCUAGAGUAGUGUGAGAUGUUUGCCUCCGACAUUCUAGGUUCUCUACUUCUGUUAAUGUAACCAGAGUCCCUGUGAGCUUUUGUCAUGACUACCUCUUACAGAUUGUCCUUGAGCCUUCCCUGUAGGCCAGAGCCUAUCUCUUUCCCACCAGCUGCUGCUCAGGCUGAACCCCAUCCCCGUUUACAGGGAGCCCCUACCCAGGUGAGAUGCUCUGCUGGCCAGGAAUGUGAAUGCUGAGCUCUGACUCCCUCAGCCCUGCUUAGACCCAGAGGCAGGGAGUUAUACAUCAUGACUUUGGGGGCUCUAGAGUGUGCGUAUGUGGUUGGGGGUGGGGCUAUGGCCACCACGGGUCCAAAAUCUCCUAGUCCUAACGCCUUUCACGUCCUGCCCACCUGCCCCUCCAGCAGCUGCCCUGGAGACCCCGAGAACCCAGGGCCCCACAAUGCCUGGAGACAGCCCUAUGGCCUAGCCCCAGGAAGCCUUCCGUGAAUGAGCUGCCUGCAGAUUUCUAAGGACAUAGGACCCAGGGGACAAGAAGGGUUUGUUCACCCAUGUAAUCCUGUGGCAGGCACUGGUGGGGGUGGGGAAUGGCGACCCUAAGGGAAAAGGGACAGGCCCAGGUCCCACCUCUCGACCCCAGUUGACUGCCUGGCCCCUUGGUGUGGACGUUUGGCCUUGCUCUCAGCAUUGGGCCACCCGCUGGGUGGGCGAGGUUCCUGACCCUGCUGCUUUGUGCUAUUUUGAGCCCAACUAGAAUAGGAUUUUCCACUCCCAGCCCCAGACCAUUGUCCAACAGUGACGUGGGGGGACCUGUCUGGUCUCAAAAUAUCUCCUCUUACUCUCUGGGCCUCCCUGCCCCCUUCCCACCUCCUCCCCCUGACAUCACUUCCUGGGGCUGUUGACUCCUGAAGGCCACUAUGAAAGGGCACAGCCACCUGACAGGGACCCCAGGGAUUACCCAGCACAGCUGCAGACUCAAGGCCAGAGGGGGGCGUGGCUUUGCCCAAGGUCACUCAGCAGGUCAGUGUGGCGCCUGGAUGCGCGCCCGGGGCGCAGGCUGCCCCUGCUGCCCUGCUCCGUUUAGUGCAGGUUGGCGCCGUUACCCCUACAGAGCCAUGGAGCUGAGGCCAGGGACACGUGGCAGGGGGGUGGCGGGGAGAGGAAAUGCCUGUAGCAGCUGUUCUCAAUGAACUCCGUGCAUUGAGGACAGGGACCCUGGCACAGAGGGGUCUCUGCCCUGGGUGGCAGGUGGCCCAGAACCUGGCAGGGAGGGGGAGAAUCCCAGAAGACAUUCCCACUCUCACCCUCCAAGGCUGGGAAAGGCCUGGACAACAUGCUCCCCAGACACAGUUGCUCCAGUCUUGGUCCAGGUCAGGCCACCAAAGCUACCCCUCUGUCACCCAUCUUGUCAUGGCAGCUUUGGGCUAUUUAGAGGUAGGCACAUGAGGAAGGGAACUCAUGUGUUAACCCAUGUCUCAGGCACUGUGUGGGACCUUCGCAUCCAUUAUUUCAUUUUCUUUUUCACCUCGACGGUGUGAAAUAGACAUUAUUAUCCCCAUUUAGCAGACGAGGGAUGGGCUCUGAGAAGUGAGGACUUGCUCCAGGUUACACAGGCAGUAAGUGGGUGAGAGGAGAUUGAGUCUGGGUCCAUUUGAUGCCCAGAUUGGUUCCCUCUCCACUAUCGCAUGCUGCUCGCAACCCCUGCGGGGCAGGAGAGGCUGUAAACGACCCUUCCUGUGAUUCAAGAUGAGAAAGGCGUGUCGCAAGGAUGGAAGGGGUUAAGAGCACGGAUCCUGUGCCCAGACCACCUGGCUUUGAAUGUCGUCUCCACUUCUUCCAGCUGUGGCACGUUGGGCAAAUGAUUUAAUCUUGCAGCGCCUCGGCUGUCUCAUCUCUAAAGGAGACACUGCCUGCCAUGGAGGGCGUUGGGAGGCUCACCUGAGUUAAUAGUCAUGAAGGACUUAGAACAGCGCCCGGCACACGGUAAACAUUCACAUGCCAGGUAUUGUGCCAAGGGAUGUGGGAGGCGAGCCAGCUGGACCCUGCCCUCAUGGAGCUGACAUAAUUUAAUAUGUAACCAGGUUGGAUAAGUGAUUUGAAGGAAAGGAGAGUGUGUCACAUCAGUGGACAAUAGGGCAUCUCCUGUAGCCAAGGCUGAGCAGGGUGUGGGAGCAGGGAAGCAGGCCCAUCCUGGCACUGGGUGGCUUUCCCGCACACGGGCCUGUGUAUGUUUACAGGACCUUGCCCAGGUGCCUGGCUGUGGAAGGGCAGCAGGGAGGAGACA